UUACCUGAAACGACCGUAUUUCCGCUCCUACCGUGAAGAUUCCUCGGCCCUAUCCUCGACGUCCAACUGGUUCAUCUUGUAGUGCGCUUGUGUAGUACUUUUAUAUAUGGUCAACCCGGUCAAUCAGAUAAAGUGACAGCGAUUUUGUGGUAAGCAAAAAUUAUCUAAUCGUUCGGAUUCAAACAUUCGAAGGGUGCCGUAAUGCGAAAGUACCAGCAGCUUGCGCUGGUUAUUAUUUCUAUCAGUUGUUUGGCGAUUUUGUUGGCGUAUAAAAGUGAAAAUAAUCGUCUCAAAUAUGUACUGGAAGUAGUGAACAUUUUCGGCCGCAAUGAUGCGGCUUCUUUGAUUCGGAUCGACAAUAGCAGCCACUCGAGACCGGCACCGUACGAUUUCGACAGCCCUCUUCCGGUUUGGCAACGGGUGGGCAAUGAUGUGUACGUGUAUUCUGCCUUCUGGCAAAAGAACGACCUAGAGGUCGGCGGAACGGUGGUCAGUUUGGCCGUUGGAUUAGAACAAGCCAUUGUGAAUUUCAAGUGCCAGGUCCAGCAUGGCGGAAAAGAUGUGGUCACGGGAAAAUUCCUCUUCGUACGAAUGGAUACACCGACAGGAUCAGUAGCGACGCCGAAUGGAGAAAUUUUCACCAUCUAUAAGUUUCUGUGUAAAGUUAAGCGAGAUUUUGGUCAUCCGACUGAAGUUGUUUUUACCGAUUCUACGCAUUCUAUAAAAAGGUUUAUCCCAUUACGGGUACUGGAGAGUAAAUCAGUUCCACAAAAGAUGACAAUCACUGCCUGUGUGGAUUUGAACAAUUAUCUGGAAUUGGAAAAUAACUUUCGUCAACCGUCCGCUAUUCUUCAAUAUUUCCUUCAUCAUCAAAUCAUCGGAGUCGAUGACUUCAUUGUCUACAAUAGCAAUGCACUAGACUCAAUGACGACCUCUAUUCUCUACAAUCACGGUAUCAAAAUCAAUCUAUUGCCUUAUAAUUUCCCCUUUGAUUUGACCAACACCGUGCAAAAUCGACGCCUCAUCGAACUAGACUGCUUGAUGCGAAAUUAUAAUGCUGCCAAAUAUACCUUUGUCGGUUCAAUCAACGAGUAUCUCUAUCCUAGCUCUCGACUUCGUAGCAACAACGAGUUCCUCAAGAAUGUCGCACAGGUAUCGAGCGAUGUUACUCAGUUCACGAUUGCUACGCGUGCCGUCUGCGUCGACGACAGAAAGAAAAUUUUCUCCGAUAACCUGCUGUACGACGUGGAAGCGCGACAGGAAAGUCCGUUCUAUAUUUAUCGACCGCAGAACUAUAACCGGACCGGAUCUCAGGAAUUUAUUAAAUCUCUUAACGUCGAUAGAAACGUAAUAUUCGUCCAUCGCUACGUAGAAAAAUGUGCCAGCAAGUCGGAUUUGUACGACUGGACCACCGUGCUGGAAAGUGAUUUCCUCCAGUACGUAAACGAGAUCGGAAAAGAGCUGAACAAGUUGAUCUACAGAUAAUUUCCUCUACCAUUGAAUCUUCAUAAGUUGUGAAUAUUGUUUAGCAGAGAUUAGCAGCAUCAGUUUAUAAAAAUUUAAUCGCACAAACAGCUUACGUCUCAACUGACGCUUGUUUCUCUAGGAUAGGGCCUAUUUAGAACUACGCACGAAAAAUGACGAAAAUACGAAAUGCGAAAGAAUCGUAACUGGAAUGCACAUAAACGGAUAACCUAAACGAUUUUAGCUACCUUGUUGGUAUAAUAGAAAUAUGGAAUAACUAUCAACGAUUGUAAGUAAUACUUUUAUACACUUUUGAUAAAAUCGUAAGCCAUACUCCCAUUACUUUCAUUAAAAAGUUCGUGGACAUACGCUAAUAUAGUUCUUCGAUUCUUUCAAAAUUAAAUUAAA